CGAUCGAUCGAGCGAGCGAUCACUUCGCACACGGCAAUCGGUGGCGGCGCAGCAGCUCUCUCGCUCCAGCGAUGGGUCGGACUCCUUGCUGCGACAAAGCAGCUGUGAAGAAGGGGCCGUGGUCUCCCGACGAGGAUGUCCGGCUGCGAGAUUACAUCCAGCGCCAUGGCACGGGAGGCAACUGGAUCACUCUGCCUGGCAAAGCCGGCUUGAACCGCUGUGGGAAGAGCUGCCGGCUGCGAUGGGUGAAUUACCUCCGGCCGGAUAUCAAGCGCGGGAGUUUCACUCCCGAGGAAGAGAAGCGCAUUUGCGAUCUCCAUGCCAGCAUUGGCAGCAGAUGGUCGGUGAUUGCCGCUGAGCUCCCCGGUAGAACGGACAACGACAUAAAGAAUCACUGGAACACAAAGCUCAAGAAGAAAAAUCUCUCGCCUUUUCCGACUUCCACGAAGGCAUCGCCCAUGGCGGAGAGCUUGCAGAGAGCCAUGGAGGCGGUGAAGAAACCGGAGGCAGCGAUCAACGCCAAGAGCGACGAUCCACCUCGCAAAACGCGAUCGGGAAGAGCAAAACCACAGCCUGCCAGUGCCAGCGACGUUCUAGAAGAUCAUCAAGAUCGACGAAGUUCUCACACUUCCAGUUCUUCCGCGAUCACUCCUGACACCAAAACCAACAAAGCGAGCAGCAGCAACAGCAGUACCAGCAGCGGCAUCACCACCGCUUUCCACGAGGAUUGGGCCGCCGAGAACUUCCAUCUCCUUCUUCCCAAGAUGGAGCUAGAAGAAGACUGUUCCAAGCACCAAGAACACGAGUUUGAGCGACGAGACCACCUCCAUCGCCAACUCAAUCGCCGUGCUAGCACUGUCCGAGAGAUCAUCGACGCUGGCCACCUCGAUGCUCUGGCGAGGAAUCUCGCAGCGGUGGACGAGUCCUUCUUCGAUCCAAAUUGGUGGUCUUCCCUCGUGAUCUCUCCCAAACUUCCAGGAGAGAGAGCUCUCGAUUCGAUCUUCGCUAGCAGCGGACACUGUUGUUAGCUUUUGGAAGGAACCUCGCG